AAGAACGAAACAACUGGGUAACCGCCAUCUUCACUGCUCUGCGCGCCCUCCCGGCCAUUUCUCGAGCGCGAACAGCCGUUCCUCCCGAGAAAAGCGGCUAUCUAGAAUUGAAAGGCUAUAAAGCCAAAAUCUUUACCCUGCUGCAAGGGAACAGCGUGUGGAUUUGCAAGAACAACCAGGAUUUUAAAUCUGGCUAUGGCAUUACCGUCAUACCUAUGAACGUGGCUAAUGUGAGGCAGAUUGAUCGGGCCGCAAAACAAUCUUUCGAAAUAAUUACACCUUACCGGAGCUUUAGCUUUACUGCCGAAUCUGAGAAAGACAAGCAGGAUUGGAUAGAAGCCCUCCAGCAGUCCAUUGCAGAAACUCUCUCUGACUAUGAAGUAGCUGAGAAGAUCUGGUUCAAUGAAUCAAACCGAAGUUGUGCUGAUUGUAAAGCUCCUGAUCCUGACUGGGCGUCCAUCAAUCUCUGCGUCAUCAUUUGCAAGAAGUGUGCAGGACAGCACAGAUCGUUAGGACCCAGAGAUUCAAAGGUGCGAAGUCUCAAAAUGGAUGCCAGCGUUUGGACCAACGAACUCAUCGAGCUUUUUAUUGUGAUAGGCAAUGAAAGAGCCAACAGCUUUUGGGAAGGAAAUCUUCAACCGGAUGAAAAGUUACAAGUAGAUGCCCCAGCUGACAGGAGGCUAACUUUUAUUACCCAAAAAUAUAAAGAAGGAAAAUUCCGAAAAAUUACGCUGCUGUCUAAAACCAAGGAGGAGUUAAAUAAGGCGCUCUGUGCUGCAGUUAUUAAGAUGGAUGUAUUAGAGACCAUGAUGUUGUUGUUUAGUGGAGCAGACGUGAUGUGCGCAACUGGAGACCCCAUGUUCAGCACCCCAUAUUUGUUAGCCAAAAAAUCUGGGCAGAGAUUGCAAAUGGAAUUCCUCCACCACAAUAAGUUUUCAGAUUUUUCCAACUGCGAUGGCCACGCCAACACCAUUUCCUCUCCCGAUUCGCCCUUACUGUCCUUCCUUUAUGAUAAUUUAUACAUGGUUUCCUUCAACCCUUCCAAGCUGUUUAUUGAGAGAAAAAUUAAAGAAGAGUGCAGCAGGAGAUGGUGCGUGUUGGAAAGCGGCUUUUUGAGUUACUACGAGAACGAGAAGAUGGCCACCCCAAGUGGGACGUUGGACAUCGGUGAAGUCAUCUGUCUUGUCAUUCAUAAGUCGGAAGACACCUUACCCACGGGAGCGAUGUUUACCUUUGAAAUCUGCUUACUGUCAGAACGUGCAUUUCUCUUUGGAGCGGAAACCGCACAUUCUCAACGAAAAUGGACGCAGGCAAUUGCUAAGCACUUUGUACCUGAAUUGGCCCAAGGUCUUCAGGAGAGAGAGACAGAUGUUAUUGGCCAGCUGUUCUACAAAGACUGCCAGGACCUUGAUAAUUGGAAAAAGGGUUGGUUUGCUCUAGAGAAGACCAGCUUGUAUUUUUACCUCGAACUGGAAAAUUCACAAGAGAAUUCAAUGCAUCUAAGGCGGCUCCAGGAAUUAACGAUCAGCAGCUGCGUCCAAAAUGGAGAAAAAACAGAUGUUCUGCUACUGGUUGAGAAAGGAAGAACAUUAUACAUCCGCGGCCAUACCAAGUUGGAUUUCACAGUCUGGCGUAGCGCAAUUGAAAAAGCAGCUGGUACAGAUGGCAACAUGUUAGAAGAUCAGCAGCUCAGCAAAAAUGACGUACCGAUUAUAGUGACCAGCUGUAUCGCAUUUAUUACACAGUAUGGUUUGGGAAGCAAACAUAUCUACCUGAAGAAUGGAGAUCCUUUAUGUGUCAGAGAGCUUUUGGAAGGUUUCAAGAAAGAUGCCAGGAGCGUUAAGCUGAGGACUGGGAAGAACCGUCUGGAAGAUGUUACUGAUACCCUAAAAUGUUUUCUUUCUGAAAUAGACGAUGCACUACUGACCAAAGAACUUUAUCCUUUUUGGAUCUCAGCAUUAGAUACUCUGGAUGACAAAGAAAGGGUACGAAAAUACAGCAGCUUUAUUCGCACGCUUCCACCCAUCAACAAAGCAACUCUGGCAGCAUUAAUGGAACACCUGUACAGGGUGCAGAAAUGUUCAGAAAUCAACCUGAUGGACCCUCACCACCUGGCGAUGGCUUUGUCCUCCUGCCUCUUUCAGACCAAAGGACAGACGAGCGAGGAAGUUGAUGUGGUGGAGGACUUAAUUAUAAAUUACGUGCAGCUUUUUGAUAUUCAGCAAGAUCAAGUGAAGCAAAUGGACAUUGAGAACAGCUUUAUCACCAAAUGGAAAGACACGCAA